AUGAUUACCCUGUCUGGAAUACGGCCCCAACUACGUCCCCAACUACCAGCACAAUUACGACCGCAGACAUGGGCGUCGGUAAGAAGGCCGCUCUCCUUUAGCGUGUUCCGUUAUGACCCUAAAGGGAAUGAGGGCGCACACUUUGACAAGUAUGAGAUCAAGAAGCACGAAUGUGGUCCAAUGGUCCUGGACGCGCUUAUUAAGAUAAAGAAUGAAGUUGAUCCGACGUUGGCUUUCCGAAGGUCUUGCCGCGAAGGAAUUUGCGGUAGUUGCGCGAUGAACAUUAACGGCAAGAACGGAUUGGCUUGCAUUACUCCGAUCGACAGUGGUGCGGAGGAGACGGUUCUUCGCCCAUUGCCGCAUUCGUUUGUGCAGAGAGACCUGGUACCUGACUUGACGAACUUUUACCAACAGUACGAGUCGGUUCAACCCUGGCUCCAAAGAGAGAGUGUGCCCAAAGAAGGCGAGGCGGAGUGCACGCAAUCUAUUGAGGACCGGAAGAAGCUAGAUGGACAAUAUGAGUGCAUCCUUUGCGCAUGUUGUUCUACAUCCUGUCCUUCCUACUGGUGGAAUCCAGAAACGUUUCUGGGACCGCAAGCUUUGCUCGCCGCCCAUCGAUGGGUUACAGACAGUCGAGAUGAAGCCACCGACGAUCGCCUUAAACAACUCAAUGAUACCAUGAAAUUAUAUCGUUGCCAUAAUAUCCAAAACUGCGCUGAUGCAUGUCCCAAGAAUCUGAAACCUUCCAUUGCAAUUCAAAGAUUAAAGGAAAUGGUAGAAAAAAAGCUGCCUCAAUAA